GCAGGGGUACCGGAAAGGCCCGAAGCCCGCGCAUUGCAACUGCACGGACAAGAAUAAACCUUGCUUGUUCAGAUGAACCUGUGUAGCUUCGGUUGGAUAUUUUUUUUAGCUCAGCCCGACAACGCCAGCUUUUGUUGUGCUCCCCCAAGUCUUAUUUAUUGAUGUCCGCUCCCAUUUCCUCCAAUCCAACUCUCUCCCCUCAUCCGUUCGGAGUUUACCCCACAAUCGUUUCCUCUCUCACUAGAAUGGCGACAUUCAAGACGUUCGUUACAAGCAUCGCGUUGGCUGCCGGCUUGCUGCAAGUCGCCAAUGCCAGUGCUGUCAAGCGGUGGGGAGUUCCUCUCCCAGCAUGCACACCAGCUACUCCAUUCGUUUACGCCGGAUGCUUCUCUGAUAUGGGAAGCACCGGUGCUCUGGAAUACAGAUCAGAGGUUAAUUAUGAUACUAUGACCAUCGAAGCUUGCGUUGCUUUCUGCAAAGGAAACGAUUUCAGGUAUGCCGGACUCGAGUACUACGGCGAAUGUUUCUGCGGAGCAACAGUGGGCGGUACUUUAAGUGAUAAUUCAAAUUGCAAUGCGCCAUGCAACGGCAACCACUCAGAGAUCUGUGGAGGGACGAGCUACAUCUCGAUUUACCAAGAUCCGACAUUUCCACCUGUGGAUGAUACCAUCAUUACCGACUACAACUCCGUGGGAUGCUACUCCGAAGGUGUUGGUGGCCGAGCCCUGGAGUACCAACAGAACCUGGACACUUCGACGAUCACCAUAGAGGCAUGUCUCUUCGCUUGCAAGGACAAUGGUUUUGCCUUUGCCGGCGUUGAGUUUGGUUCACAAUGCUUUUGCAACGUCGUCUUGGGCAAUGGGUCUGUGCCUCUCCCAGCCAGCUCGUGCAAUAUGCCUUGCAACGGCAAUUCUUCCGAGACUUGUGGAGGUGCUGCGGCGCUUAACCUCUAUGUGGCCCCGGAUCUUGAGUCCGAUCAACCAUGCGGAUAUGUCACUGUCUCGUCUUCGACGACUUCGUCAAGCACGAUCCCAACAUACUCCACGCCCGCUACAACUCCUACAACCACCCCUACGACGUCCUCUUCAACGACUCUUACAACUUCUACCUCGACUUCAACGACCACGAGCUGCGUAGGCUAUGGGUGCGCCACACCCAUAACUUCUACUUCGACCUCGACGACUUCAACGACCACACCCACACCCACAACUUCUACCUCGACCUCAACGACUUCUACCUCGACUUCAACGACCUCAAUGACCACUCCAUGCGCAGGCUAUGGAUGCACCAAACCUACAACUUCUACCUCGACCUCAACGACUUCAACGACCACACCCACACCCACACCCACACCCACAACUUCUACCUCGACUACUACCAGCAAGUCGGUAUCACUGUGCACGUCGACUGUCGUAUCUACUCCAACCCCAACUUGUGAAUAUCAAUGCGGAAAAUGGUGCUCGAAACCUCUUCCACCCUUCUCCGACCACGGAUCUUGCAGCACAUCUGCAUCCAACUGCGCCGUCCAGGUCUUUUCUUGCUUCAUGAACGCCGGAUGGCCCGCUUCUCAAAACUGCUUUGCCUUCUCAAACUGGUGUAACAGCGUGAGCAGCUACUGCUCAAGCAGUUGUCCAGGUGGAAACUGCAACCUCAAUAGCUGCAAAUCCAAGUGGCCUCCCGUCGGACCUCCUCCACCAGCCACUACAUACUCUCCAACAGUUUAUCCAUGCACACAAACAACAACCCUCUCCAAAUCAACCACCACCUCCAAACCAACAACCACCUCCUACGUCCCCAUUCCCACGCAAUCUUGCAUCUGCAGUCAACCCAACAACCCCUCCAAAGGCUACUCCUCCACCUCACCCGUCGGCUCCAUCUCGCUCCCCUGCCUCACUUGCAACAACCUCUACUCAGACUACAACUCCGGCAACCACUUCAAACUCUACACCUCCUCUGAUACCAAAUCCUGUUCUUCGUACCCUGGCGGCUCCGUGCCCCAGGGCUGCAAAGACAGCUGCGACUAUCAGAAAACGGCGUGUCUGGGCACGUACGCGGAGAGCUGCAAGGGGAAUUCGGCGCAAGAUAUUGCCGGAGGGAAGGACAGCUAUGCGAGUGCGUGCAAUAAGUGCCAGAGUCAGUGGAGCGAUUGUUAUGCUGCGAAUGGUUGGGUGAGUGGCGGGAAUAGGUGUUCGGGGUGGAAUUCGGGGUGGUAUUAGGACUGUAAAAGGUGAAAAGAGGGGAGAAAGACCUGAGCGAUUCGAUGAUUGGGAGUCGCCCAAGGAGGAGGAAUCAGAAUCAAAACGAAUAUUAUUGGCUAAUGUUUUAUUACAAAUUAGGAUGGUGGCACGGUGGAAAAGAUGACCUUCAUACUAUCCUUAAUCUAUUUAAAUAAUAUCGACUGCUCAUCAGUCAUGAACCUGAACAUUCCUUCGG